UCGUGCCGUUCACAGCUAUUAUGCAAGGAGCCUCGAUCUUUUGUUAACGCGUUACAAACGUUUAUUUUAAUAGUAUUCGAAUGCAGAAGUGCAGACACUUGAUAUAGUAAGUUUCAUGCACUGUCACUUUUUGGCUUUGGACCUCAAUAAUUUUUCAAGAGAUCCUAAUAUUCCCCAUGAUCAUCAGUAUCGGUUCACACAUUUGGGCGUGUUCAUAUAAAGUACGGCUUUUAUUGCAUUAUAUUCAUGAAUUAUGCUGAGCGACUCGUUUGCACUUCGUCUUGAAUCACGCGUGGAAAAUAAAUCUGUGAAGAUAAACCGAUCCAAACAAGCUCUAUGGAAGAAGAGUGGACCAAAUGUGCACAAUAAAACAAAUAAAACAACAGGACACAUCAACAAAAGCAGCUCUAAACCUCUGUUAACCAGCCAUGACGAUUGUAAAGCAGCUCAGACUAAACCAACCACCAAUAAACUGUUCAAGUCCAAAACAGUAUGUGUCGAGCGAGGAAGUCAGUCCAGCAGACCAUCUGUGAACCUGAACAACCAAAGAUCAAGGAGCAAUACUCCGCAUGCUAAAACACACAAGACACACACAGAGAACAACAUGCUGACCCCAGCUGAGGGAAUCAGAAACAUUUGCUCUCCUGAGCCCUCCUCAGAUGCCCAGAAGGCAUAUGCCGGAGCCAAGUUCAGCGAGCCCCCUUCACCCAGCGUCCUUCCCAAACCGCCCCGUCACUGGGUGGGUGAGUAUGUUCAUCAUCAACAUGCUGCUGCGCAACACAACUGCAGUCAAGAGCAGAUUUCUGUGCAGCUGAAACCUUGCUGAAUGUCCAAGCAAAACCCUGAGAUGAAAUCUGAUCACAGAUGUGGACUUGAGAAACACAGGACUCCUUAGAAAAUGACAUGAACAAGUGUUUGCAGUUUGCAAAUGUGCAAUUGUGUUGGGUCAACCUUGAGUUGUUGAACUGCAAAAAAUGAAGACAUUUUUUUCAUGUUAUUUUAGCAUGUUUUGGUACUGAAGCUCAUUAAACUUGUAUCAUGGUAUUUUUUAAAUGUUGUGUUUAUGUAUUCACAGCAUGGAAUGGGUCAAGUCACGUGUAAGUCAUAUUUCAAGCCAAUAUCAAAAGAAAAAAAGAUUUUGUGUAAAGAAAAUGAAGGUGCAUUUUAAGACCAUUAAGAUUUGUUUUUGAAAUUUUUUAUGUGUAAUUCAAUUAUAAUUAAGAUUCUCAUUAUUUCUACUGUAUUAAAUCAAUACUGUAAUGCAAUGUGUUUUAUUUCUUCAAAUUAGCAUCAAUUAAAUUUAGUACAAGUACUAUCAAACUAAACUUUAUAGUGUCAUUACUGUUAUGAGGAUUCAACUAAUCAUAUCAAAUUUGUCACAUCAAUGCAAAAAUAGGCUUCAUUUUCUUUAUGCUGAAUAUAAUUUCUUUCUUUUGAUUUAUUUGUUUUUUGUGGUGAAAUAUGACCUGGACAUUUAUGGGAUUUGCACAGGACUGAAAAAUGAAUGAGACAUUUACAACUGUGUUUUGCUGGUGGUUCCAUGCCCAGAAUGCACUGCUUGUGUUGGAAAAUCCUGAUUUAGAACUAGAUGGGUUAUAAUGAGAAAAUGAUUGUUGUUGUUUUUUUUACCUUAUAUUGAUGCACUCUAGUCAGGAUGUACAAUCACUUGUGUUGGUUUUCAAGCACUGAUUAAAUAUGUCUCUAUUUGUUUAUAACACUUUGUUUAUAACUGUCUGAAGCAUCAUUUUGCACAUGGUCUGUUAGUGUUGUGAUGUCAAGCUUGAUUUCCAUUUAAAGCAAUAGUUCUCCCAAAAAUAAAAAUUCUCUCAUCAUGUACUCAUUCCAUCCAAGAGGUGCAUGACUUUCUUCUGCAGAACGCAAAUUAAGAUUUUUAGAAGAAUCUUUCAGCUCUGUAGAUCUGUCCAAUGUAUGUAAGAGAAUGGUGCCCAAAACUUUGAAGCUCCAAAAAGGACAUCAAGUCAGCGUAAAAGUAAUCCAUAAGACUCCAGUUGUUUAAUCCAUGUCUUCUGAAGCAAUCUAAUCAGUUUUUAGUGAGAACAGACCAAAAUAUAACACUCCUUUUUCACUGUACAUUUUACCAUUGCAGUCUUUAGGCAGUAAUCGAGCUUGAAAUCAUGAUUGCCAAGAAGACCGCAGAUGUCAAUAUUUAUAGUGAAAAAGAAGUUAUAUUUUGGUCUGUUCUUAACCUAAAUUGAUUGUAUCGCUUCAGAAGGCAUGGAUUAAACCACUGGAGUCAUAUGGAUUACUUUUAUACUGACCUGAUGUACUUUUUGGAGCUUCAACGUUCUGCUCAUCGUUCACUUGCAUUUUAUGGAACAACAGCUCAAAUAUUCUAAAAAUCUUUGAGUUCUCCAGAAGAAAGUCAUACACAUCUGGGAUGGAAUGAGGAUUAGUAAAUGAUGAGAGAAUUUUCAUUUUUGGGUGAUAUGUUUUUUUCUUUUCCAACAAUUAUCAGUUGUAAUAUCUGCAUGAGUUAAAAAAGAAAGAAAAAACUAUGCAGGCUAAUACAGUUGUAAUGAUUCGUUUUAUCUUUUUUCUGAACUUACUGAAAUAAAGAUUGUUGGU